AUGCAAGUGAAAGUGAAAACGUUAACAGGCAGGAAUAUCUUAGUUGAUAUUGAACCUCAAGAUAAAAUAAUAAGAAUCAAAGAAAUGAUGGAAGAAAAGGAAGGUAUUUCACCAGCACAACAACGUUUAAUUUUUAAUGGUUCACAGUUGGAUGACGACAAAACUGUCCAGGAAUCAGGAAUACAGGAAGGAGCUUCAUUACAUUUGGUGUUGACAUUGAGAGGUGGUUAUCAUUGA